GAACAAACACACAAUACUCUUUUGUUGCUUUCUGCUUAAUGGAAGGCCCUUAAACUCUCUCUCUCUCUCUCGCUCUGCGGUUCCUGCAAUUUUCUUUCGUUCAGACAGCAAAUUAAUCACCCUCCCGAUCUUCGCCUCUGAUCUACGACUCUCCUUGUAGGCUAUAGAAUCGUUUGAAUAUAUUGUAUCAACCUAGACUCGUCGAGAUAUUUGAAGUCCAAUGUCACUCCCACUGCUCAAUUCUGAAGAGGAGGUUCUUGGCAAUGUCCCUGUAGUGGCUGCUUCACCUUCUAUGGACUGUCUUUCCCAAAAUGGUGCCAAGUUUAGAGAGCGCAACUACCUCCGGCUAUCGCCCUGUUCUUCAGUGGACAGCUCUGCCAUGUCAAACUUGUCCGAGGAGAACAAAAGAAAUCUCAAUUUAAAAGCUACAGAAUUGAGACUUGGUCUACCUGGAUCUAUGUCACCUGAAAGAGAACAGGAAUUUAGCUUGAUGAGCGCUGGAGAACCUGAUGAGAAAACUCUACUUCAAUUGCUCCCUUCAAAGGAUGGGUAUAGUGUGGUUUCACAGAAAAAUAUUGUUUCUGGCAACAAAAGAGGUUUCUCUGAUACCAUGGAAGGGUACUCAGAGGUGAAAGGUCCCCUUUACACAGAAAGAAAUUGGAUGUUUCAUGCAGCCAGUUCCGAUCCUGAGUCUUCAUAUCCUGUGAGCCAAGGGAAAUUUCAUGCUAAUUCAGGGCUAAAUGCAAUGCUAUCGUCAAGGCCUUCUGGACCUCAGCCAAAUGCAACCAAAGAAUUUCCCUUAAAGGGAUUACAGGAAUGGCCUUGUGAAACUAAAGGAACUGGCCAUGUCCAUAAAGGUGCUUCAAAUGACCACAAUAACGCCCCAGCUUCAAGGGCGCAGGUUGUUGGUUGGCCACCUAUUAAAUCAUUCCGCAAGAAUUCAUUGGUCGCUAACUCUAAAAACAAUGAUGAGGUUGAUGGAAAACCAGGUUCAGGUGCCCUUUUUGUCAAGGUGAGCAUGGAGGGUGCUCCAUAUUUGAGGAAGGUUGAUCUGAGAACAUACUCUACGUAUCAGGAAUUAUCUUCUGCUCUUGAGAAGAUGUUUAGCUGUUUUACUAUAGGUCAGUGUGGAUCCCAUGGAGCUCCAGGGAGAGAUAUACUAAGUGAGAGCAAGUUGAGGGAUCAUUUACAUGGAUCUGAAUAUGUGCUUACAUAUGAAGAUAGGGAUGGUGACUGGAUGCUUGUUGGCGAAAUCCCCUGGGAGAUGUUCAUUGAUUCAUGCAAAAGGCUGAAAAUCAUGAAGGGCUCUGAUGCAAUUGGCUUAGGUACAGUGUACCCCAAGAGCAAUGGAGAAAACCAAAAAUAGGAUUUAGCUAUUGCUGAAGUGACGACUCCUCUACCAAGUUCAGAGUGGUGGUGUGAAGGAGAGAUGUGAAAGUUAAAAAGAAGUUAGAAAAUGACUGGAAUAUUUGUGCUGCGCUGGAUGGCAUUUGUGGUCCAGAUGCUUACCUUGUCCUUUUUCAUAUUUUGACUACUUGAAAAUUGUCCUCUUUGAUCUAUUUUUGUCUUUGUCCUUUACUAUUAACCAUUAUCUAGUCACUAUGAUAAUUGGUGUUUGUGGAUCUGAUGAACUAUCUAUGAAUCUUAUAGUUCAGAUAAUUUGUAUUUAUUGAAUGCACUUGUUUAGAAGACUGGAUAUUUUCUGCUUAA